CUGGAAACAUGGCUGCUGAGGCGGCGCUCAGCAGCUCCGGUCCCUCGCUCUGUCCAAGCUUCGCGGUCGUUUGCUCCUUUCUCGAGCGGUAUGGAGCCGCGCUGGAUCUUCCUGAGAUGUCUUUCCCACAAAUGGAGACAUAUUUGCGUGAUACAUCGACAGUUCCCAGACCCCUGGUAGAACUCCAUGUGAAGCUGCUCAGGAAGCUUGGGAAGAUGGUGUCUGCUGAGCGCUGGGAGAAGAACCUGGCCAAGUUCUGCCAGGAGCUGAACAGCACAUGGGCAUGGGAGCUGGAGCAAAGGGGCUACCAGGAGAUGACCAUGGAGUGCAAGUCAGGCAUUCUCAAAUACCUGUGCGAGUGUCAGUUUGAUGAGAACCUGAAGCUGAAAAUGUCAGUGAAUGAGGAGGAGCCAGAAAGUAUGAGGCUGCAGCCAAUUGGUCGAGACCGCCAAGGCCACCUGUACUGGCUGCAGCUGGACCAGGAGCACAACAUCCGGCUGUACACAGAGGAGCAGGACGACUCAGACGGGUCCACCUGGAGAUGCAUUGUCAGGUCUCGGAAGGAUCUGGAGGAGGCCCUGAAGCUCCUGAAGGACCAGAUGGAGCCAAAGCCAGAGCAGACGCACCACGACUGCACUGCCACUUUAGAGAAGAAUCACUGCAGCUCCGAAAUAAAACCAGGUGACUCCAUCAAACAAGAACCAUUUCGUCAAGAACUCCAGCAGCCAUGCCCUGAGUUGGCUGAGACCGAGAAGCCAAGCGAGUGUAAGCCCCCUGUGUUUGACCACCACGUGCGCACCAUCACUACAGUGACCGCACUGAGCCGGAACGCCGUGUCCGUCCUCAGAGCACCCGGAGCACUCAGACUGGAGACACAACCCAGCCUCACGAAGAGCAGCAGCCAGCAGGCCACCAUCCCCCUGAAGAAGAGGGAGCUCAAACUGUCUCAAGACUAUCACAGCAACCUCCUCCUAAACAACAACAACAACAACUGCAGCAUCAUCGUGGUCAAUCCUUCUGUCAUCCAAUCCACAGACUGUCGCAGCUUCUCCAGGCCUGAGCUGACCAAUGGGAGCACUCCCCUCACACUGCCCCACAGGAGAGAGUCUGGGGCCCCCGUAGGACAUGUGGGGGUCAUCCGAAACCUACAGCAGACCCAGAGAGAGUCCCAGCAGCCUACUGACAGGUGCACACAGGAGCAGAAGGAGGCCAGGAGGGAGUCCGUGCUGGUCCAGAAGACACACGUUGCCAACACCAACUGCCAAGCUUCAGUGCUGUCUUCAGACCCUCCUCAUUUCACUAAGGAUGAAGAGAAUGUGGAAUUAAAGGUAGUAAAAGAUAACAGGAGCGAGUGUGCAGAUACUUUAGAGAAGGACAGUGAAGGAACGCAAAGUACUCCAGACCCAAAGGAGGACAAAGUAGAACUCAAUGGUUCCCUUAUCUUGGACACGCCUAUGGAGGAGGCUUCAUCUGAGCUCCAGAAAGAAGGCAUCCGGCUCAAAAUCAAGAUCCCUCCGCACCGCCAGAACAAGCUCCGAGCCAGAAGUGCCAAGCACCAGCAGCCUGAGGGAGGGGAGGAGGAGGGGGAGGCACCGCUGAGGAGAUCUGCCAGGAUCUGCAGGCCCAGCUCAAAGGCCGUGGAGAGCCAGAGGAAGAGUGUGGGACAGAGCACAAGUGCAGUCCAUCUCCCAGGGACCGCUGUGCAGACCAGGAGACAGAGGGGGCGCCCCAAGUGGUCCAACAAAGACAAAGCGAAGAAGGAGCCCCAGGAGGAGUACAGGGAGCAGCCAGAGGAGCUGGUGGAGGAGGAAGAGGCCAGCAUAGCAGAUGCAUGCACACACUGUGGACUGGCCAACCACCCCGAGCUGAUCCUGCUGUGCGAUGCGUGUGACGUUGGCUACCACACGGCCUGUCUGCGCCCUCCGCUUAUGCUGGUGCCAGAGGGAGAGUGGUUUUGUCCUCCCUGUCAACAUAAGCAGCUAUGUGAGCGUCUGGAGGAACAGCUGACCAGUCUGGACUGUGCCCUGAAGAGACAGGAACUGGCUGACCGACGGAGGGAGCGCCUGGUGUACGUGGGCAUCAGCCUGGAGAACAUCAUCCCGGAGGAACACAAAGUGGAGGAGAAGAACAUAAAGAAGAAGGACGCCCGGAAGAGUCGCCUGGGGAGACGUUCCACCAGAACCAGGAAGCUCAUCAGCUACAGGUUUGAUGACUUUGAUGAUGCCAUAAAUGAGGCCAUCAAGGACAACAGAGAUCUGAGCGGAAGAUGCAGCAGAGCCAUAAGCUCGAUGUCAGAUGAGGGCAUCGGACUCACAGGGCUGUCACACAGGCCAGACCAUCAGAGACCGGAUCACCAGCGAUUGGACCACCAGAGACCGGGCCACCAGAAGUCGGACACCCAGAGGCCGGACCACCAGAGGCCAGACUCUCAGAGGCCGGACCCCCAGAGGCCGCUCCGAUGGCCUGCUAGUCAUGUGAGGAAGAGAAGGAGGCGGAGGCUGAACGACCUGGAGAGUGACAGUACAGCAGCGGACAGCGAGGAAGACGAGUACCUGCUCAGCCACAGCUCGGAGGAGGAAGAGGAGCUGGCCGCCUGGGGGGUGGAGGAGGAGGAGGAGGAGGAGGUGGACAGUGAAGUGUGCAGUGGGGACAGUCUGAGUGGGGACAGGGCCAUGAAAAGACUGUCCAAGCCUCGAGGUCAGUCCAGGAAAAGGACACAUGUGCUGGACAGCCCGGAGCACAUGGGCUGCUCCAGUAUUAGUGACAGUGGAGAGGACAGCUCCAGGAGGGCUCUGCGCAGAGGCCAGCAGCAGCAGGUCAACUACUGUGAGAACUCCAGCUCAGACAGCGGAGCACCCCCGGCUGUCAAGAGUGUGAAAAGACGCCCGGAGCCAGUGUCCAGUGACUACAGUGACGUCUCUGCACUCUCCAGAGACUCUGAGGAGGACUGUGGUGAGGAGGAGGAGAACAGGAGGAAGCGACCCCAGGCCAGGCACCGAAAGAGGAGGCGACACAGACAGAGGCCCCGACAAGGUCCCCCCACUGACCCUGACACAUCUUCAGAGGAGGAGGAGCCCGUGAGGAAGAGAGUCCAGCGCCCGGCUGGUGAGGACGAGCAGGGCCGCAGAGCAGGGAGGACAGGCAGACCAAGGGGCCGCAAACACAAGGGCUCUAAACACUACAGCUAUGCCCAGUCCUGACACAACUGUAAACUGUGUGUUUGUGUCUUCUGUGAUUUAAAAGGAGACAUGCUAAACCACAACCAUGUUACAAUAGUUAUAAGUUGUGACCAUCUCUAAAACAUACCUGGAGCAGUAUUUACAAAAAUGUAUCUUUGUUUUUGUUUUUAUUUUUUUAGUCCUUUUUUAAAAAAUACACCUUAAAUGACCUUGACUAAUGGUGCGUUCCAGGCAUAGACUGUAUACAGUCUAUGGUUCCAGGCAAUUGAGAACUGAGGGAUUUCCCACUUGAAUGCUCCAACCUCAAAGCAUUGUAAACUGUAAACUGUAACCAACAUGGCUAAUGCUAAACUGUAGGCUAAAUGUACAUGCUAUAACCUGUUUACAUGGUUUAUGUGGUGGUUAAACGCUCAGAUCCACUGUUUGUGGUGAUUAGUAUUGCUGUAAUAAGUCAGUUUAAUUUAUAUUUCCAGUUCAAAAGUGGGAAUUACCAGUUUGAGUGGCAUUCCAGGGCAUUCCAGGGCAUUUUUGGGGAAUAUCCCAGUUAUCAGUUACCUGGAACGCACCAUAAAACUCAUGCCUUAGCAUAAUAUUGCUAGUAGCUGGGCUGCCAGUAUGUCUUUAAGCCAGCAGAGGGCAUCCAACCUGUUCUAAAUAAAGAUUCUGCUAAAUUGUUUUCAAUUGACUACAUAUACUGUAAUGAGCACUUUCCACAGAUUUUUGAUAAGACUAUGGUGACAUAAGCAAUCCAUAUUUAAGAAAUAUAUA